GUAAAGUGCUAGUCCCAUUGAGAUUGACCAGUCAAAUUUGAAGUUGCGUGUUGUGUUGUGUGUAUCUGAAAAUGGUCUCCAGGAUGGAUAAUAUCAACAAAUUCGAAGUUAAAAAGUGCAUCAUGGCUAUUUCGAAAAAGUUGAGAGAACCUCAGAGUUCCAUGAAUAAAAAUCUUCGAAGAAGGGUAUUGAUUGUUAACAUGCACAACCAAAUUCUGAAAAGAAUAGGCGCUGAUAAUCCGCCGAAGAAAAAUGAAAAAUCACACGUACCACCAUUGACGCCCGUGGAAGAAAUGAUUGAGCUGGAUAGGAGACUGGAGAAAUCCUUUAAAAUAUCGGAUGUUUUAGACGGCAUAGUUCAGGGAAUAUUCGAUCCUGUGAAAUCAAACGAAAAAAUCGCCAGAAUGUGUCAUCAAGAAAGGCCCGUUAGGACCUUCAGACAUAGGAAUUUCAUCCAUGAAACACCCAAAAGGGCUGUGUAUCAGGGAGAAUUAGCGGAAACGAAUGUGCGUGAGUCCCAUUCUGACAAUUUAAAUCCAGUGAAACAUUGUUCGAAAGAAGGAUGUUUGUUCUACGAGGAAUACGUUUUACAAACUGGACGUCGGAAAAGGAGACGGCAGAAAUGAUUAUUUUCUAAUAAAAUUGUAUAUGUAUAUAGUGUAAUUUUUUCCUGUACUAUAUGGCACUAUUUGCUUUCCAAACUGUAACAUGUAUAUCCCCAUGAAUUUUGAAUUUUUUUUUAUAUAAUAUAAAUGAACACCAUUUACAUCCAUAUUGAAGUAAUUUGAUUGAUAGAUAAUUUUUUUCAUAAAUAC